GGUAUUGUCCUAAUUGCAAGAAACAUCAACAAGCCACUAAGAAAUUUGAUCUUUGGUCAUUGCCACGCAUUUUGGUAGUGCAUUUAAAACGCUUUUCAUACAAUCGAUAUUGGAGGGAUAAACUUGACGCGGUAGUUGACUUCCCUAUCAGGGAUUUGAACAUGUCUGAGUUUGUUGGUGAUCCAGCAGCAAGUCCAUAUGUAUAUGACUUAAUUGCUGUUUCCAAUCACUAUGGAGGCUUGGGUGUAGGACACUACACUGCUUAUGCUAAGAAUAAAAUCAAUGGAAAAUGGUACUACUUUGAUGACAGCAAUGUAUCUCCAGCUUCUGAAGAACAAAUAGUGACAAAGGCAGCAUAUGUACUGUUUUACCAACGUAGAGAUGUCAAGCUCAAGGGGAGCCAUUCUUUUUGCCCAAGCAUGGAACCAGAAUCUGAAGAAUGUGAUGGCAUGGAUACUAACUGAAUUUGUUUGGUUAUUCUCUAAUAUGACAAUGUAUCUGAGGACUUAUUUUGAACCCCUGUAGGGCUACUGGACAGCACAGGAGGCCUCAGCACUGAAAAAUAAAUAGAGGAAGCAAUAAGAUGGCAAACUUGGGCAUAUUCUUUAAUCUAAGAGUUUUUACUCAAAUUUUAUCUUAACUGUUCAAUAAAAUUUUGUUGUCUAAAUCUGACUUUGUAUUAUGAAGAUUGUAUGGGAUUAAGAGCUGCUAUAUGCUGGAGCGAUGCAUGUUAAGAAAAAAAUGGCUGUGUUGGUUUGCAAAUUCAAAUUGGGCUUCAAUGAAAGAAAUGCAUUUAGUUUCAUGCAUUGUGAAAAGUGUACAAUCUGGGAGAUAUCUGAGUGCUGCAGAAGUGCAACAUAGACAUCAGCUUCACUCUUGGUUAGCACGUAUUACCACAACAUUGUGUCAAUCCCUUUUGGACAUGUCGAGCAGACUUUUUUUUUUCUUUUUCUUUUUUUUUCGAGAAAGUAUUUCUCCUGGCCCAAAGUCUCCCAUCCAAAAAUUACCUACGAAGUAUUUCAAAAAUAGUUUCCAUGUUUUCAGGAUCAAUGACAGUAAAACAAUUCUUUAGAAGUAACAGACAGUAUUUCUUUCCUGUGGCAAUGUUCAGAAACCCUUUUUUUUCAUAUUCAUCUGGUAGCAAUUCUUUAUGCUCAUUUGACACCUUUUCUUCACAUUUAUGCAAUUAUCAGCACCGUAUAAAGGUCUUAAUCCUUUUAAGAAGGCCACACAGUAAUAUCCAAUUACUUUGGAUGUGUUUCAACCCAUUCAUUUUCUUCCCAGGUAUUUUAUUCCUAUUUAUUUGAGUAAUUUCCCUUCUGUUUAGCCAUUUCCACAUGAACUAAAAUGUAACCAAAGAAAAAUGGGCUUGCUGUUCUUUUUUUAAUCCGUAUCCUUCUCACUAAGCCCUAAUGUACUUCGGUAGUAACUUAUCUAUAUAAACUAAGAGAGUUUUGAAUACUCCCCAGGAAUGACACAUCAUAAUGAAGAGAUUUGUUAUUAAUGGAAAUGGCUUUGAAAUCAUAUUAAUACAUCAUGAAAUUACUUCCUUUUGCAGUUGACAGUAUGUUCCAAGAAUUCGUUCAAAACUCAGAAUCAUUUCUUUCACAAAGUUUAUGUAGACCUUUGAAGUCCCACAGGCUAUGGACACCAGUGAUCCAACAUUUUAGCAGAAUUUUAUUAGAUGUGAUCAAGUAUUCUCUGUAGAUUUUAGCAGAGGAAGAGUCACUGUUGUCAGCUAUUAGACAAUCUUCUAAUGAUUACUAUAUAGAUCUGCAGGUGAUUCUUCUAAAGCACUGAAAUGAUUAUUUGGUUGAGUUGCCAAUGCUUCCAGAUUUUUAAACUGGUUUGAGGUUUUAUCUCAACUGCAUAUUUUUCCUUGCACAUAUGGGGCAGAGAAAAGGGCUUGGAAUUAUUUAAAUGCUUAAUGUCAAAUCACAUUUUAUGGUUUUGCUUUUUUCUGUUUUUCUGGGUUAUAAUUUCUUUUAAAUGUAACAUUUGGAGAGAGUGAAAUAUUUAAAUGCAAAAAGCAAUUUAUAAUUAAAUAUCUUAUAUAUUUCUGUUGCAUAUUGAAGCAAAAAUCUUCACUGUUUUUAAGUAUGAUCAGAGAGUAAGUACAUCAAAGUAAGUUUCUUCUAAAUGCUGUACAAAUGGUAUUAGAAAUCUUGACUUGCCUCUGACCAGGUUGAAACCUAGCUGGUGUGUACAUUCUGUAUAGUAUCAAAAUCACUUUUAGACUAGCACUGGAUUGUUUUACUGUGUAAAGGUAAAGAAUAAAAUAAAGAGGAACGGAUUGCACAAAGUA